AUGGAUAAGCCUUCUUCAGUUUCAACCGCUACUACAGGCAUGAUUUGGAGUGAUGAACAGGUGACUAAACUUCUCCAGUGCAUGAUCGAGUUUAAGGCUAAGAAAGGGGUUGAUGCUGAUGCUGAUCCGACAGCUUUUCAUCAGUUUUUUGAACAGGAGUUUCAAUUUAAAUAUUCCAAAAGUCAGGUAUAUGAGAAGGUGAGGCGUUUGAAGAUGAAAUAUUUCAAUAAUUUGAAAAAAUUUGAGAAAGUUGGGAAGGACACUGGUAUUUCCAAGGCUGAGCUUCAAACGUUGAACAUUUCAAGACAGAUUUCAAGUGGUGGAGCUGGUGCUGGUGAUUUUGAAUCAAAAUAUCCUCUUUCAAGCCAGUCAUUUGAAGUAGAUUCCAGAGGAGUAAUGAAAUUUGGAGGUAAAACUGCUGAUGAACUUAGCUUUUUGAAAGAGAACAUGCAUUUGAUUGGUGAUGACAAAGCAAAGGAAUUGGAGAGAAAGUGGAAGAUAUUGCAUGCGGAGUAUUUCUUUAAAAGCUUGGAAUUGAUGAAAGAGCAAACUCGUAUGGUGUUGGAAGCCACGAUGAGAAAGAAGUAA